AUGGCAGCCUCCUUGUUAGGGAAACUUCUCAAGAUACACGAGCAUGUUUUAUAUGUGGACAUUGAUAUCCACCAUGGUGAUGGUGUCGAGGAGACCUUUUACGCUACGGAUCGGGUUACGACUGUUUUGUUUUAUAAGUGUGGGGACUGCUUUCCGGCAACAAGAGAUGUUCGUGAUAUUGGAUAUGGUACUGGGAAAUAUUACUCACUCAAUGUUCCCUUGGAUAACGAAAUUGACGCUGAGACCUACCAUUCGUUGUUUAAGCCCAUAAUGGGAAAAAUGACGAAUAUUUUUAAACCAGGUGUUGUGGUAUUGCAAUGUGGUGCUGACUCUUUAUCUAGAGACAUGUUAGGUUGUUUCAAUCUUUCAAUCAAAGGCCAUGCGGAGUGUAUCCAAUAUAUGAGAUCCUUUAAUGUCCCUCUUCUGUUGCUCGGAGGUGGUGAAUGGUUUACUGCUCAAGUCUCUGCAUGUGGUUUAUUCCAUAUUGCAAAUAAUGAAGCUGAAGUUCGCAUAGCAGCUGCUGGGAAAGUGACAAAGUUUUGUCGGAUUUUAAGUCCCGUAGAGGCAACUUUGGAUGCAGCGGAAUCACCUUACAUUAGAAAAUUGAAUUUUCAAAUUCUGCAGUUUGUGUUGCAAAUAAUCAGUGACAAUUUGUCAUUCAAGCCAUGGGAUCCGGGAACAUUAUCUCUAUUCUCAUAUUUAUUUUCGAACCUUGAGGACAAGAUUCAUGUGAACCCCGCGGCAAUGAUAGAGAGUUAA